AUGGAGGAGAACGGUGGUAAAGUUGGAGUGGAGGUAGAGAGUAAGUCUAACAGUACUGCUGAGAAUGUUAGUUUCCAUGAAGACGAGUCUGGUCCAAAGACUGAAGAACUAGUUAAAGAUUCUCUUCUUAAUAAGAAUGUUUCUUCCAACGCAACUGAGGAGAACACUAGUGAUGAUGUUGAGCAACAGGAGAUAAAGAGUGAGGUAGAUUUGAAGACUGGAGCAGAGGAGAACAGUAGUUCAUCACGAGGUAACGAGUCUGAUGAAACAAGAACUGAGAGUGUGGUGUUAAAGGGGUUCUCUGAUUCUAAUGGUCAAUUGCCUGAGAGUAACCAGUCAGCUUCCAAUGCAACUGAAACUACAGAGUCAGCUGAAAAGGCAGCUGGUUAUCAAGAAACCAAAAACGAAGAAGACGAGCAGGAGAAGACACAAUCUUCUCAACUCUCAUCUGAAGUGGAAAGUACAAACAAAACAGAGUCCUCGUCCCAAGCUGAAAGUAAAGAGGAAGAACCCGAAACAAAGAAGAACGAACGCUCUUCAUCCCGAGAAGAGAGUAAAGAGGAAGAGCCACCGAACAAGGAGAAAGAAGAAGCGUCUUCACAAGAGGAGAAUGUAAACAAAGAAACUGAUAACAAGGAGAAAGUCAAGUUUUUGUCUCAAGACGAAAGCAAAGAAGAAGAACCCGGAAAGAAAAAGGAAGAAGGCUCUUCAUCUCAAGAGGAGAAUAAAGAGAAAGAGCCAGCAGACAAGGAGAAAGAGCCUUCAUCUCAAGAUGUAAAGGAGAAAGUCGAGUCUUCAUCCCAAGAGAAGAAUGAAAACAAAGAAACUGAGAACAAGGAGAAAGUCGAGUCUUCAUCCCAAGAGGAGAAUGUGAGCAAAGAAGCCGAGAAAAGGGAGAAAGAAGAUCCCUCAAAGUCUCAGCAAACGGAAAGCACUAACAGUGAGAAGAAAAUUGAACAGGUGGAGUCUACUAAUUCUUCAAAGACACAGGAGAAGAGUGACGAACAUGAAACUGAUGGAAACAAGAGUCAGUCUAGCAACGAGCAGAGCAAGUCAGGUUCUGUUGAUGUAAAGGAAACAAAGAAUGACUCAUCAAAAACAGAGUCGUACACGGAGACGAACAACAAAAAUGGUGAAACAGAGAAGCCCCAGAACGAUCAAGAACAUACCAACUCCACUUUGAAAACUAGUGUCAAGGAUGCUCAAACUGAUCUGAAAACUCAUCCUGAGUCCGACAAGGUCGCUGCUGAGUGAUCUUCUUACCAAAAGUUGUCUCUAAUGUACUCUAUACAUAGUCUAAAUACUUUUCAUAUCACGGGAACUAAUACCCAAAUUAGUAGUACUGAGUUUU